AUGAAACUACAAGGAAAUUACCUCUUUGCCGCCGUGACGGCUUUGACGGCGCUUGGCUUUAUGCAGAUUGGGUAUGACAAUGGCCUCAUGGGAGGGCUCGUGAACCAAAGUGCCUUCAAUGAGACAUUUAGUUCCCCUGACCCAACCAUGGUUGGCGCCAUUGUUUCAAUCAUGGAGGUCGGUGCAUUUUUUGGUAGUAUAUGUACUGCGUUCGUGGGUGAAAACAUUGGCCGCAAGAAAAGUAUUGCUAUUGGCGUCGUCACUCUGAUCAUCGGGUCAGUCUUACAAGCUACAGCUUAUCAUCGAGCGCACCUCAUCGUCGGACGGAUUGCCUCUGGCUUUGGCCUUGGCAUGGUGAACUCGACAGUCCCAGUAAUGCAGGCCGAGUUUGCUCCGAAGGCUUCCCGAGGGCUGUAUGUCUGUAUGCAGAUAUCUACACUCAAUUUCGGAAUUCUCUUGGCGUAUUGGAUUGAUUACGGCUUUUCUAUGCACACCGCUAGCUAUUCCUGGCGUGUACCCGUUAUCCUCCAGUGCGCAUUUCUUCUCCCUAUGCUUGUACUAUUGCUCUUUGUGGACGAGACCCCGCGGUGGCUUGCAGCCCAUGACCACCAUGACCAAGCAUUCGAUGUCCUUCGCCGGUUAAAUCAUGCAAAGAUGCCCGAGGCUAGUAUCCUAGCCCUCCACGAAGAUAUCCUUCGCACCGUUUCAGUUGAAAAGGCAAUCGGAGCUGGAUCCUGGAAGGACCUUCUCAAGAAUGAUAAGAUCCAGAGUCAGAGGCGCUUCUUGAUUGCAUGUGCCAUUCAGAUAUUUCAGCAACUCGGCGGAAUCAACGCUAUCAUUUACUACUCUGGGACGUUGUUCGAGAAGUCUCUUGGGUUCUCAGCGCAUAUGUCUAGCUUGAUGUCGGGCUUUCUGCAAACAUGGUUUUUUGUCGCCUCCUUCAUUCCUUGGUUUCUCAUUGAUCGCAUCGGUCGACGUCCACUGUUGUUGUCAAUGGUUUCAGUCAUGGCUGCUGUGAUGGCCGUGCAGACGGCUCUCAUUUACCAAGUUCAGAAUAGUACGGCCAUGGCGUACCAGAGUGGCAUUGCAGCUGCAGCAAUGCUUUUCAUAUUCCAAGGAGCGUUCACCAUUGGGUUUCAAGCAACUGUUUGGGUCUAUCCAUCAGAAAUUCUACCUCUACGGCUGCGGCAACGUGGCUCGUCAAUAAGUACAGCCGCGAAUUGGAUUUGCAAUUACCUUAUCGUACAGAUAAUGCCACCAGCAAUCAGCAACAUUGGCUGGAAGACCUACAUCAUCUUCGCUGUGUUGAAUACGCUCUGGGUCCCCAUCAUUUAUUUCUUUUUUCCAGAGACCAAAGGCCUUCAGCUUGAAGAUGUUGACCGACUCUUUGCAGGUGGUGACGAGCAUUUGGAAGUGGAAUUGUUCACUGUCAAGCCUACUGUCGGGCACACUGAAAUGGAGGGAAAAGAAAUGGCUUAG